UUUAAAAUAUGUCUACCGACACCAAGAGUCUUUAGCCUACCACACAACCUCCUCAUGUAGACACGCAAUGUGUUUUUAAGUGUAGAUCGCGUGAACGCAGUUCCGCUCGAUAUGUCGGAAGUGACAGAUCACGGAAGCAGCAGUCUGUUCAUUAAGGCUUUCUACCCCGUGAAAAUAAGAGGAUGAACAGAGAUGGACACUUCUGACCAGUUUCGCAGUAACGAGGACAUUGUCAGAUCUCAUGCUGGACCAAAUGUGAGCGCCACAGCUCAGAGUGGAAGCCAUAUUUCAGCACCUGUACUCACUAACAAUACAAUAACAGGCAAUGUCCACAUCAUACAUAAUGCACCAGGUUUUACUUGGAAUCGCCCACCCUCUGAAAAAACUCAAACCUCGGGAUCAAGGUCAGUGAUUUUAAAACAUAAGACGCAGAUCUGCAGUGAGUAUCGGUAUGUGACCGAGUAUAACUCACUGCCUGGUGAACAUGUGCUGCUUUCUGAGCGCUACACACAACCGCUGAUCCUUAAGAGACAUAGAGAUCAAAAAGAGAGAGAAGAAGAGAUCUGCUCCAGUGGAGAGAGCUUCCAGCAGCUCCUCGGCUCCAGGAGCAUUGAUGACUCUGUCCGGGAUCUGAACACUCUGUUCGACACAGAUGAGCACGGGAUCAGUCCUAGUGCUGUUAUACUGCAGGGAAAUUCUGGAAACGGGAAAUCUUUCACUGUGCAGAAGAUCAUGAUGGACUGGGCAUCUGGUGACCUCUACAAAGAGCGGUUUGAUGUUGUGUUCCACUUAAAGUGUAAAGAAAUUAACCGCAUUCUUGCCGAAAAGAGUUUGGCGGAGAUCUUGAGCUGCAGUUGUAGUUUAACAUCAGAUCAGAUCUCACAGGUACUACAGCAUUCACCAGAGAAGGUGCUCUUCAUCAUUGAUGGAUUUGAUGAGCUGAGACUCACACCGGAUGUUUAUGACAUAUCGCCACACACUGAUCUGCUUCAGAAAGCCCCAGCUGAGGUCAUUCUUUGUGACCUGCUGAGGGGUCGAAUCCUGCCAGAGUCCUUCCUGCUGGUCACUACCAGAUCUACAGCCACAGACACACUGAGUAAACUGCUCAAAGGACCUCAUCGUUUCUCUGAGAUAAUUGGUUUCUCUGAGAAGGGGGUGAAGGAGUACUUCCAGAAGUUUUUUCAAAUUGAGGAAGUUUUCAGGAAGGCUUAUACAUUUGUGGAGACAAAUGAAACUCUCAUCACUGCCUGCUCCAUCCCUGUCAUCUGCUGGAUCAUCUGCACAACUAUCAAGGAACGAUUCAAAAUUGGUGCAGAUGUAACAAGCGGACUGGGAACCAUCACCUCCAUCUACGUUGACUUUGUGUCCACUCUGCUGGAUCAUCACUGCCAGGGUUUGAGUCAGUCCGUCCCGACCCUGCUGAGGAGUCUGGGUCAGCUGGCAGAGAGAGGGAUGCUGGAACAGCAAGUCCUGUUUGAUGGGAAAAGUGUUUAUGAAACAGUUUCAGACCCUGCUGGCAGUCCGUUCCUGUGCAAGUUCCUGUUUAAGAGAAGAAUCUACCAGGAGACGAUGUUCAGUUUCAUGCAUCUCAGCUUUCAGGAGUUCUUCACUGCUCUGUACUAUGUCCUUCUGGAUGAAGAAGAGUCCCAAAGAAAACUCACUCAGCUAUAUUCCAGUGAUAAAAACUCAAGUGAUUAUCACACUCGUCCUCCACGCUUUGCAGCUGUGGCGCAAUUUGCUUUUGGUCUGCUGAAUAAGGAUGUGAGAUGCACACUUGAAACACAUGGUCUCUUUGUUCAUCCACAAACACAGGCUCAUCUGAAAGAAUGGAUUUUGGAAGAGCUUCAAAGUAAUAACAUGUAUUCGAAUAGAGCAGUUUUUUUCCUUCACUGUCUCUAUGAACUUCAUGAAGAGGACUUUGUGAAAGAAGCUAUGGAAGCCUGGAACAGAAUUAACACAUAUGGUGCAGUCCUAAGAGGAACAGACUGCUGGGCCCUGCAGUACUGCGCUCAGUGCGUUCAGUGCAUUGAAGAACUGUAUCUUAACAGCGGUUUACCAUCUGAAAUGGUGCUUAUGAUUCUGCCUUUUUUCCACAAGUUCAAGAGAGUAAGCUAUGAUCUCUGCUUCCUAUUAAGAAAUUCACUUCAGUCAAUCAGUGAAGAGCGAAACAGUAUCCAAAUAUGUCCUCCAUGGUAUAGAAACCCAGGAGCAUCUUUGCGAUUACUCAUUCUCACCUUUCCAAACGAAGAUCUAAAAAACUUAGACUGGAUCAGAUUUUCUCAGAAAAUUCACCAAGGAGAUUCAGAUGCAUUGAUGUCUGUUGUCUAUUCUUUCUCUAAACUGAAAAGGAUAGAAAUAGAAGUGGACUGUCUAAGUGAGAUGUGGUCUGUUUGGACCCUCCAAAUCAUCCAGAAGUGCUCCAGUCUAACAGAACUCGUGGUAAAUGCUUACUUUUUACUGGAGGAAGGAAUCGAGAUCUUGAAGAGGUCACGCACAAGACCAGCCUAUAUUACGACAUUUCAGGGGUUCAUGUGCAAAAAACGCAAAUGCACACGUUAUGAGGACUAUCAUCUUCGCUGCAACCAGAAGGUGAAGAUUCAUCUGAAUUCCCAGGGCUUUUCUAUGGAGACUAUGUGUAAGCCCUUGUUUUGUAACUGAUGGUACAGCUUGAUAACCAGAAGAAACUGCCAAAGCAGCAUCUUUACCUAGAGCUGUGGAUGGGAAUAAACACAUCAACCACAUAUAUCUAAAAUCAUUUAGGUGCACUGUAAUAGUAAUAGUCAUGUGUCAAUUGUUAUGUCUAUGAUGUACUGUUAAACUUUGGCUUGGUUGUAUUCCUGCUGUCUCCUUCUCUUUCAGGAUUGGUCCUGGGCAUAAUGAGAGGCUGCUGGAGGGCGUGCUCUCUGCCUCUUUGAUUGAUUACUCAUUACUGUUUGUGUGUUUGAUACUGUGUUAGUUCUGGUGAAUAUGUUGUUGCACAUCAUGAUUUAUGCUCCAACACAGUGCUGUUAGCCACCUUUGAUUGUAAGAGACUUAUUUCUAGAACAUCAAUAUCCUGCUGGCCAUGUUUGUAACUUCUUAACUAUUUUGGGAAGCUGUAGGGUGUGAGUGCCUUUUUUUUUGUAGGCCAACAGGCCACUAUUUUUUCUCCUGUUUUUGGGCAGAUAAGGAGUUAUGUUAUUGUAUGUUUUGUUUCUUUUAUUUUGAUUCAUAGGGAAGUUAGUUUUCUGUUUGUUUGUUGUUUUGGCAUAAGCUCACCCCUGAUGAUUUUGCUUCAGAAUCCUUUUGUUUCUUUCUUUUUCAUGAAAUUGUUUUGUAUUUACCAAAAACACUACCGCAUCGAAAAAUGAACAAGAGAAUCGUUAAGAAAAUAAAAAUUAGUAAUUAAGAAGUA